AUGAGUCUAUAUAUAUAUUUGGGAGAGGAAAUCCCUGCUGAGGUGAUAGCAGAGAGCAUUGCCUUGGCUCGGAAGCAGCAGGAAGAUAUAGGGACAAGGCUAACUAACUCAGAGGUGGCCCUCUUUGAUGAUCCAGAGGCGGAACAUUCUACUGCUGCUCCAGCAGCUGAGGACCAAGCGGAACAAUCCGGAUCAGAGCCUGGGGAGCAGGCAGAACAAGUGGUUCCUGCUCUUGAAACCGUAGUAGAAGUAGCUGCUGCCGUUCCUGGGUUUAUGGUAGAAAUACAAAAAGCUGCUGGGACCUUGGCGGUGAGGACCACCCCUUUGCAGCCUCCGAUUGUUGCUAUGCCUAUUCAUUCCCUUGCAGGUUCAUCUGCCAAGGCCUCUUUUGCUGACCCGGAGCUGGCAGAAUUUGAAGCCAUGGACCUAGAUGCCCAGCUAGACAAGUUGGAAAAGCUCAACUCCCCUGUAGGCAAGAUAAGGUCCAGGGCAGUGGAAGAAGCAAUGGAGAGACUGAAGAUCUGGCAGUCCACUGAACUGGAGCUGGAUGAGGGCAGGGAGGCCUUUGACCAGCUGAUGAAGGAUCUGGAUCUGCUGCACAGACAGAACAUGGCCCCAAAACCUAUACUCGAGAUGAGCCUUGUCUUGGCGAGGGAUGUGCUCAACCUUCACGACCGUUAUGAAGAUCUGAGGCCCACCUUUAAAACCUCUGAGUUCUGCAAGGCCACUCAUGAAGCCAACUUGGUUGAUUUUGCAAAGCAGAAAGCAGAACUGGACCAGAUGGUUGUGGGGUAUAAAGAAGCCAAAGCUACUGCGGAUAAAUUGGAGAAACAGAUUGCGGAGCUUCAAAAACAGCUGGCAGAGCGCCGGGAAGUGCAGCACAGGCUCGGGGCUGGAUUGAGCUCCAAGACCAAGGCCACUUUCCUUGUGCAGAACAUGGUUGCAGCUUCUAGGCCAGCCCUGGAGAUUGCAGAGGCUUCAAUUCAUCAGGGUGUGCUGCUUCAAAAGGAACUUUCUAUCAAGAAGACCAAUCUGCAAGAGACUCUCAGAAAAUUAGGAUUUUGA